AUGUUGGAUGCUAUGUUAAGCUAUGUUCACCAGCGGCAGCAGCGCUCCCGGCUGCGGGAGGCAGGGCUGCGGGCCGGGCUCGGGACAGCCGGACCCCGCUGGCUCCGCCGCCCGGUGCCCGGUGCCCGGUGCCGCCCCCGCGCAGGUGCCGGGCGGCGCUCCGGCUGCAGCUGCAGCGCCGCGGGGCGGCUCCAGCGGGGGCGGCUCCAGCGGGGGCAGCACCAGCGGGAGGCGAUCGGGCGCCGGGACAGCCGCGUCCCGCUGCGCAGCGGCCGCCUCGGCUCGCCGGCCCGUGCGGCUCCGGGCCAUGGCGGCGGGGGCGGGCCGGGGCGGGGCGGCGCGCUGACAGGCAGCCCGGCCCGGGGAGCCGCGGUAAACAGGAGCCGGGGGAGCGCUGGGGGAGAGAGAGAGAGAGAGAGAGAGAGACCGGCCUCGCAGGAGCCUCCCAGCCCCGCGGCCCGCCGCCUCCCGGCCCCGGGCAUGGGCAGCAGCAGCCGCCGCAGCCGGAGGAGGAGCCGGCCCGGGCCCUGUGCGGGGCACCACCGAGCCUCAGCUGCUGCUGCUGGCGCCGGGAGCAUUGGUGCUGGUGCGGGAAGCCGGGAGCCGAUCAGCUGUGGGAAAGGGGCCGUGUUUGCACCAGGUGUCCCGUUAGGAGGAGAACGCGAAUUCGCGUUCCGUGAGCGACGUGGGACAGAGAUACGCCAGGGAGAACAGCGUGCAAGGUGUGCUGGCCACAGCGUGCUCGUAAGGAAUCGUGAAGUUUCACGCAGACUAAUAAAUAGUCAGAAUUCCUUCGUGCUUCCUGGAGCUAGUUGGCAGGCAGAGUAAUGCUCGAGUUGUUCCAAACUGUAACACUUUAACUUCUCCUCAUUUCAGUACGCUAAAAGUGCAAGCAAGGCGAGAAUUGCAGUGUGCCAGUGCCAGCUCAGUUGUCCCAAACUGCAGUGCAGGGGGCAUGCGGCUCGGCUCUGCAGCUGGCACAGGACUGGUCUAUUUCCGAGCGUCGCGAACCUGUGAAAUAACCCAGCAGCACAAACGUGGAAGGGACUAUCUGGCUAGAGCUUGAGCGGAGGUGGGAAGAGAUACUGGAAGGAAGAUGGGGGUGGGAGAGAGCCGGUCUGACAGUAACGCUUCAGUGAAGCAGCGGCAAUCUUUAUGAAUUUGUGCUGCUAAAAUUGGUUUGGAGUAGUGUCAGAUGAGGCUGAGAUUGAUCUAGCAAUAGUCCUAGUCAAACAUUUUAAGUGAAAAAUUUUCUUUGAAAAACUUUAUUUAUUGGACCUAAGAUACUUUGUUUGAGAUCUGUCAACAUUGAUCAGUUACUACUGAUGCAGAGUUCUGCUAAGCCUGCCGGAGGACCAGGAUUGCUGGAAACAUCAGUGUUCCUGUCUCAAGGGUAUGCCCUAUUACCCGCAAUAAUACCUGCUGGGGGUGUUAGCAGCUUCUGAGCUGCAGCCCAAACUGUUUGGUGCCAGACUCUCCUCGGAGCAACCUUGUAGCUGCUCGGAGAAAGUGAGACUUGAUUCCACUGCAGUUGCUGAAAAUGGUAGGACUGCUGAAGUCUGAACAACUGGCCUUUUGCUGGGAACUUCGUGUGAUCAUGAUUUACAUGAUUAAGAAAUGAACAAUUCACUGAAUAUUUGUUGUUACGGUGUUGGAGUUUUUGUUG